AUGGUCGACAAAGACGAGGACUCAGCCUUUUCAUCAUACGCACAGAAUGGCGACCUCUCAUUGAACAACCACGAGAACAACGUGCCCUCCGACAUCAAGGUAUCGUCCUCACCCAGUAACAUCCGUAGCCCUUCCGUCCCACCUCUUGCUCCACUCGAAUAUCUCCAGAGUCAACGAAGGGGCUCCAUCACAGACCCCUCGUUGCACGCGAGCCCCGGACAUUUCUCCAGACCAAGUAAUCUCACCGCUGGCCCUUCUCCCACACCCUCUGACCUCCUCUCUGCUCCCCACCACUCUCCUCCAAAACGCGCUCUUCCUAAUUCUCGACCAACGUCCCCUUCUCGGAUGGUAGAGGGUUCUAGUAUGGACACAGAUCAGCCGUACGAUCGCACCCACAAUUCACUAUCUUCGUCCGAUGGCAUUGAUAGCACUCGCGCUGCAAACCCUUCCUCUCGAAGAGCCUCAUUCGACACAGGGAGCACGUCCCAGAUAACAGAGCACAAUCCCCCCCAAGCAGACCAUUCGAGUAUUGAUUCUAAACCGAGAUCUGCGCAUACGCAGGCUCACGCGUCUGCAGGCCAACAGGGGCAUAUUGACAGUGUCGUGCCUUCGGUUAUUAGUCAAGGCCCUCAUGCGCAAACGCGUGGUCCUGGGUCGCCAUCCUCACUACCUCAUGGCACGAAACGCAAACUCUCGCAUGAUAGAGGCGUGUUGGCAGCCGCAGGUGAGGACAUCGAUCCUCAACUUGUUGGCCCAGGCGUUCCGAGUACCGUACAUUUGGAUAUGGAAGGUCCUAUUCCCAAGCGACGGGGAUCGUUGGCGGAGACGCAGCGAAUCACCGGGCUUAGCGUCUACGAUCGACGACAUUCUCUCGACACUCGUAUUGCUCAAGGAAGUCCACAAUGGUGGGGUAGCGAGAGACGCGAUUCGACGUCAUCCAUGUUCUCUAGCCCAUCCAUGGGAUAUGGAUCGCCGGCGUUCUCCGCUGAUUCGCCGCAUGGUCGAACGCCUGCUACCGUCGCAUGGCAUCCCACCCAGGCUUCUGACCAGCCCUCCGCCAUGCAGAAUGAGGCAGACACGUCUGGAACAGGACGACAGUUUGAUCCUUCAUCCAUGCUGCCAAUAACGAUGGUCCAUCCCCUUGCAUUUAACACAGACCGUCGAAUGUCCGUGCCUACGAAUCUCCCAUCCAACAUGCCUCCUGCCAACUCCACCACCGCUCGGGUCCUCCGGUCAAGGUCACGUCCCCCCUCGCGUACCAGUCAGUUGCGCGGUGCGGAAUCCGGCGCUGCUAGUUCCAGUAAUGCUGCGCUACAGAACGUGGAAGACACAGAUUCAGCGGAACAUGUAUCGGGUUCAUCCUCCAUUCAGAAUCUUCAACCUCCCUCGGGCAGCACACCUUACUCCCGUUCUCCCGAGCUGCGUGUUUCGCACAAACUUGCUGAGCGCAAGAGAAGAAAAGAGAUGAGGGAUUUAUUUGACGAAUUGCGAGACCAGCUACCUGCGGAUAGGGGUAUGAAGGCAAGCAAGUGGGAAAUUCUCAGCAAAGCCAUCGACUUUGUCGUGCAUUUGAAGCAGAGUCACCAAGAGAUGGCACGUGAUAUUGAAAUGCUUCGACACGAGUUAGAGAGCAUUCGUCAAGGCAUACCAUCAUUUGGGCCUGGCGGUCCUCAUCCUGUCAUGUACAGCCAAGGCCCACAUGUCGUCCCGGGACACUACCCUCUCCCGAGUGGUCCCGCCAUACCUCCCCACCAACCAUCGCCAGGACCGACACACCAACCACCCCCUCCCCAUCAGCAAACACUUCAGCAAACACUCUCACGGCCGGCAUCGUCCCAGAAUGUGUUCCCUCCUGGAGGGGGUUCCGUUGGGGUGCCACCGCAAAAUGGGAACGCCGCCGUUACGUCAAACGAGAAGACGGAGGCUCCUUCGAUGGCUGGCUCCUCUGGGUUGUCAAUUUGGCGGGUGCUUACUCUGUACAUACUUGGCACUCUUGCCGGCUCCAUAUUUUAUGGUGCAGCAUCGGACGUUGGAUGUCGAGACGCGGACCUUAACUAG